AUGGCAGAACUAAACAUGGGUAUUCUUAUAGAUAUUGUGGACGAGGAAUGGAUGAGAGACACCUUGCCUGAUGAUGAUCUUGCAUUACCACCAGUGAUGGUCGUUAGGACUGAUGAUGCUGAAGAUUCGAAUCAGGAGACUCAACAUGUGGACGCAGAUGCUUGGCAUGAUUUGGCCUUAGGCAAUCAAUAA